AUGACAGCAACAUUUAUUAAAAACUAUCAUUCAAAUCAAGGUUAUACAACAAUUCAUCACAAUAAGGAGGAAGAUGGAGUCGUAAACAACGCGGAGGAUUCGUUGUCCUUCAUAGUUAAUAUCACCUACGACCUCACGUCAGAACAGAUAGCAGCUAUCAAAAACGUGUCAUCAUCGUGUAGACAAUUUAUUAAGUAUGCAUGCAUUGGGUCUCUUUUUGGAAUUGAAGGUGUGAAUCACUAUUGGGUCUCAGUUGAUGGCAUUCCUAUGUUGAACUGGGGAGGAGUUCCAACAGGAACUAGGGGGUGUGCGUGCUGGAUGACGAGAACAUGUGACGACCCCAGUAGGCGAUGUAAUUGUGACGUCAACGAUAAUGUGCCACGUCAGGAUCAUGGCUACCUUGCCGAUAAAGCAACUUUACCUGUCUCGCAGCUUCGUUUUGGCGAUACUGGAUCUAAAGGAGAGAAAGGUGUCUACACUCUUGGACCAUUGCAAUGUACCUAAGUCGUAUUUUACUUUAAAAAAAUACCAAUAAUGAUUGUAUUUAGAUUAAUCAAUUACUAAUUCUAAUUACUGAUUAUAACUAUCAAUAUCUUUUUUUAUAUGUGCGAAAUACAACAAUAGAAAACAGUAAUACAAUAUCAAUAUGAUAUAAUAAUAUGUCAACAUUAUUUUAAAGUAAGAGUGAUAAUGAUCUAGAA